AUGGUGUUCAAGCUCAACAAUCAGAUGCUCUCGAAGAUGGCCAUCGGCGACGGCCACGGCGAGAACAACUUCUACUUCAACGACUGGAAGGCAUACGACAGCGACCCCUACCACCACCACAACAAACUCGACGGCGUCAUCCAGAUGGAGAUGGGUCUUGUCGAGAACCAGCUCUGCUUCGAUCUGGUGGAAGAAUGGUUGAAGAAAAACCCAGCUGCCUCCAUUUGCAACCCCGAAGGUGUUGGUGGCUUCAAGGACGUCGCCAUCUUUCAGGACUACCAUGGAUUGCCAAAGUCCCGAAAUGUAAUAACACCAUCCCUUCUUCUGUUGAAAUUAAAUAAAGUUUAA